AUGUCGACAGGGCCGCCGGAUCAGGGUGGUCCCCCUAAGAAACCCCGGGAAGGGACGGCGAAGCAGGAAUCGCAGCAGGUGCUGACUAACGACGACGGCACACAGCUGAACGUAGUAGAUGGCUGGGAGCAGAUGAAGAUCAAGACGCAAAAGUGCAAACUAUGUGAAGAACGAAUUCGGAAGUGGAGCUGGCGGUGCAAAAAGUGCUUGCGCCACAUCUGUUCGGAAUGCCUCGACAGCAACUCAACGAGAAGCGACUACCAGAAGGCUGCCUCGCGAGACCAUGUCGAAGUGCUCUGCUGGUGCGACCCCAGGUUCGGCCUCUCGCAGACGAACCCUGCGUUUUCCAAUAUGCAGGCCUCCCAGCCGCCGCCACCCAAGAGAUUCGAAGAGGAGGCUCGCGCACGUGAAGCGCAGAAGCUUGCUGCUGCUACGAGGGAAGCUAGAACAAAGGGGAUCACAAAGCCGAAGCCAAAAAAGAAAGCUGCAAAGGAAUUACCCGAGUCCGCCGCCGUCCCCUCUCCCUCAGAGACGGCUGGCAAGCCGGAAGAUGACUUCGUACCGUCAACGAAAGCCGAAAACGAUGGACCAGGUCAACGCGCGCCCCGCAAGCGCAAGCUGGCAACGCGUCAGCCAGUACGGGGCGGCACCGACGAGACUCCCGGAGAAGAAGCAACGCCACGUAAGAAACCAAAGGUGGAUCAUCAGCAGCAGGACACGACUUCAGCGAUCAGCACAGUCUCGCAUGCAGCCCCAGGGUAUGAUAUCACAACUGUCAACGGAACUCACCCGACAGCAGACGACUUUCACAUCACUAUCCUUGGUGCCGGGUUUGUCGGCCUCUUUGUCGCUCGACAACUCGCCCUCGAGGCCAAGAAGGCAGGGGCAGCCUACAACAUUACCGUAGUUGACGUCCAGUCAGCUGUCUGUCAGGCGGCAUCGGCCCAUUGCGACGGGAUUCUGAGUACUGAAGACGUGCCUGAAGCGUGGCACUCGCUUGCUCAAAAAGCUAAAGAGGCCUGGCUGGGUAUACUCGCCUUGCCAAAUGCACACCAAAAGCUAGACUUCAGUGCCAAAACAUCAUUCAUCGUCUACGAAGAUGGUCUGUACGAUCGAGAGGACCUUCCGUCCUGGUUCACCGGUGGCGAGGAUGUAUACCUGCAGGCGAGUCAAGGCUCGCUUGGGCGUCUUGAUUCGACCAAACUCGCUUCGUGGCUCCUUGCCGAGUGCCAGAACCUCGACGUCUCGUUCCGCUUCAACCAUACGAUCGCAAAUACCAGUUUCGACGAUUAUUCGAAGCUGACCGGCAUACAUCUCCAGGACUAUAGCAAGGAAGGCAGCUUCGAGGCACUCUCGUGUUCAAACCUGAUCCUGGCAGCCGGUCCCUUCACGACUUACAUCUUCGACCAACUUUUCGCCAACCAGGUAGUCUCGAUCGACAACAACAUACGCGCCGCUCACUGGUUCACGAUAUCUGCAACCAUCGAGUCUGCCAUCGACGACGUCGCGCUACGCCUUCCCAAAGCAGCCGCGACCGAAAGGAAACUCCAAGAUCAGAUCACCAUGGUCGCUCGUCCCACAGCCAAUACCGUCAAAGUCACAGGCUUCGGCGCUGCCGUGAGCAAAGUCAGACUCCCACCGGAACAAGCCCUCCAAGCUCGCGCAGCAAAGACCAACGAGCUGAGAGCUCUGACGGCACCAUACCUCAACCGCGAAGGCCUCAAUCUCAAGGACAAGAAGCAGGUUCAGGCUGCAGGUCGUUCUGAGCUUAGCACUGCGGACGGAGACGCGCCUAUCAUCGAUCGAGUACCGGCUUCUGCUCUAGGCAUCUCGACCUCGAAUGGUGCGGAUGGGUACUCGAACGGGGUGUGGUUGUGCUAUGGAUUUGGACGGCACGGGACGUUGCUCGCACCUGGGGCUGCUCGUGUACUUGCUUCGAAGAUGUUCGGCGGUGGUGAAGAGAUGGACGGGUUCGGUCUUCCGGCGUACGAAGUGCCCGAAGCACAGGUGCAUAGCAAGGGAAAGGGAAAGGCGAAGGCUGUGUGA